CGCGGGGGCUGGGCCCUGCCAGUCUGUCCGACGGCGGACUCGAGAGCUGCACACCCUAUUGGAGCCCGGGACGCGGCACCCCGGGGGAGGAGGGCGAAGAGACGCGGGGAUGGCUCUGCGGGGACUCCCGGGGUCCGCCGUUCUCGCCGCUGCUGUCUUCGUGGGAGGCGCCGUGAGUUCGCCACUCGUAGCCCCGGACAAUGGUGGCAGCCGCAUAUUACCUUCCGGAACCAAGACGACGCCCUCGCCCACAAACGACACUGGGAAUGGACACCCAGAAUAUAUCGCGUAUGCGCUCGUCCCCGUGUUCUUCAUCAUGGGUCUCUUUGGCGUCCUCAUCUGCCACCUGCUUAAGAAGAAAGGCUAUCGUUGUACAACAGAAGCCGAGCAAGACGUGGAAGAGGAAAAGGUUGAAAAGAUAGAGAUGAACGACAGCGUGAAUGAAAAUAGUGACACCGUUGGACAAAUUGUCCACUACAUCAUGAAAAAUGAAGCAAAUGCCGAUGUUUUGAAGGCAAUGGUGGCAGAUAACAGCCUGUAUGAUCCUGAAAGCCCUGUGACCCCCAGCACUCCUGGGAGCCCGCCCGUGAGCCCCGGGCCCUUGUCACCAGGAGGCACCCCAGGAAAGCACAUCUGCGGCCACCAUCUGCACACAGUGGGCGGUGCUGUCGAGCGGGACGUGUGUCAUCGAUGUAGGCAUAAGCGGUGGCACUUCAUCAGACCUGCCAACAAGUCCAAAGAGGGCCGCCCGAGGCGCCAAGGGGAGGUCACUGUCCUCUCUGUGGGCAGGUUUAGAGUUACGAAAGUGGAACACAAGGCAAAUCAGAAGGAGCGGAGAAGUUUGAUGUCAACCGGUGGGACGGAGAGUGUCAACGGGGAGGUGCCUGCCACACCUGUGAAGAGGGAGCAGAGUGGCCCAGAGGAGCAGGAGUGACUAUAUUUGAAGAGUUCUAAGAGACUGAAAACUUACGACAUAUGAAGUUGCCUAGGGAAUUAUUUUUUUAUCUUUUAUACAAUUUCUAUGGUGGAGUCUGCAGGCAUGUGGAUGAAAGCUAAAAGGGACUAUUGUUGCUAUGCUGGAUACAGAACUCAGUUUGCUUUGAAACAAGUUUUAGUUUGAAAAAAAAAAAAAAACUGAUGAAAAAUGUAUUGCAUUUCCAAGGAGAAAAAGAGCUCAUUUUUAUUUUUAAACCUUCCGCCCCGCCUCCCAUCCCCUCUUCAUGGCCUUGGUAUACACACUGCAGUUUUUCCAGUAUGAUCUCUGUGUACAGUGGAACUAUAUAGUCUGAGCUAAUGCUUGGGGUGUGUGUGUGUGUGUGUGUGUGUGUGUUUGUGUGUGUGUGUACACGUAUGUCUGUGCGUCUGCUUCUGUUCCCCCAGCCCUUGGAUCUCAUUUUGCUACUGGUUGUAAGAUCGUCUUACAGUUUUACUGUUACAGAAGAUAAAAGGCGAGUCUUCAGUGGUGAGGGCUCUUGGAAGGUAACCUGGUCCGGCCCUGGGAGUUGAUCACCCAAGAGAGCACUGAGUCAGAGGGAACUAGAUGCUAGACUUUGGAUUCAGAGACCAGACUUCAGCACUGAUCUGUUGCCAGCAUGCCACUCUUAGGUCACUUAGAAAAUAGGAAGAGUUUUUCGGGGUGUUUUUUUUUGUUUGUUUUUUGUUUGGCUGUGCCCUUGGCAUGCAAAAGUUCCCAGGCCAGAGAUUGA